CUGAAACGUUUGUUUUCCGACAAAAAUUCCGCCGAGUGGAAAGAACAAAAUUGUUUUAUUAAAUUAUAAAUUUUUAUAUUAAUAACAAGCUAUGGGUAAUGAAAGGAAACGUCGCUCCCGUUCACGUGAAAGGGAUCGUGAACGUGACCGCAAUCGUGAUAAUCGGAGCGGUCAAGGAGGUCGAGGUAAAUCAUCAGAACGUUCCUUGAAUCGGGAAAGGAAUCGCGAAAGGUCUAGAUCUAGAGAUCGUCAAAGAGACUACGAAUCAUCUCGAAUUAAGGAUAAGAAACGUGAGGAGAGUAGGAGCAAUAAGCCUACAAAGGAUGUAAUUAUAAUAGAGGAUGAUGAACUUACUGAAGAUCAUAGAAAAGAGAAGCCUAAAAAAUUGGAACCCUUGUCACUGGAAGAGCUUUUGGAAAAGAAGAAAAAGGAGGAGGAGGCACGUAGCAAGCCAGUGUUUUUGACUAAGGAGCAGCGGGCUGCAGAAGCUCUUAAACGUAGACAAGAAGAAGUGGCCGCCAUGAGAGCAGGUCAGUCUGCUGGUACCAAAGCAAGUACAUCAACAUCAACUGGUGUUAGUGUUAGCGUACCAUCUAGCAGCAACACAGUUGAUAACAGCUUUAGCAUUUCGGCGCGACGUUCAGAUGGAAGGAACGAGCGUAAUGCUGGGCGUGAAAGAGAUCGUGAACGUGACAGGGAUCGGGAAUCCAGAAGGGCAGAUGAUCUUUCCCAAAAAGACAAAGAAAAGGAAUUGGAAGCCAUAAGAGAACGUUACUUGGGAAUUAUUAAAAAGAAGAGAAGAGUUAGGCGAUUGAAUGAUCGUAAAUUUGUUUUUGAUUGGGAUGCCGCAGAGGACACAUCAGUGGACUACAAUAAUUUGUAUAAGGAGCGGCAUCACGUUCAGUUUUAUGGCCGUGGAAACGUUGCUGGCAUUGACAUCAAAGAACAAAAGAGAACGCAAAGUCAAUUUUAUGGCGAUCUAUUGGAAAAGCGACGCACAGAAGCCGAAAAAGAGCAGGAAAAAGUGCGUUUAAUUAAAGUGAAAAGAAAAGAAGAGAAACAAAAAUGGGAUGACCGUCAUUGGUCGGAGAAGGACAACGAUGAAAUGACAGAACGAGACUGGCGUAUUUUCCGAGAAGAUUACAACAUAACCAUUAAAGGUGGCAAAAUUCCCAAUCCCAUACGUAGUUGGAAGGAGUCUGGUUUUCCCAAAGAAAUUCUUGACAUUAUUGACGGUGUCGGCUACAAAGAACCAACACCAAUUCAAAGACAGGCUAUACCAAUUGGUCUACAGAAUCGAGAUAUUAUCGGCGUGGCAGAAACAGGUUCCGGUAAAACCCUGGCAUUCCUCAUACCCCUUUUAUCCUGGAUUCAAUCGCUGCCAAAAAUCGAACGCCUUGAAGAUGUAGAUCAAGGCCCAUACGCUAUCAUUAUGGCUCCCACUCGCGAAUUGGCCCAGCAAAUUGAGGAGGAAACCGUCAAAUUUGGUCAACCCUUAGGAAUACGAACUGUUGUUGUGGUCGGUGGUCUAUCUCGCGAGGAACAAGGUUUUCGCUUGCGUAUGGGUUGCGAAAUUGUAAUUGCUACCCCUGGUCGUUUAAUUGAUGUUCUGGAAAAUCGCUAUUUGGUAUUGAACCAGUGUACAUACAUUGUACUCGACGAAGCAGAUCGUAUGAUUGACAUGGGUUUUGAACCAGAUGUACAAAAAAUCUUGGAAUACAUGCCCGUGACAAACUUAAAGCCCGACUCAGAGGAAGCAGAAGAUGCAAACAAGCUCAUGGAAAACUUUUACUCCAAAAAGAAAUACAGACAAACCGUGAUGUUUACAGCUACUAUGCCGCCGGCUGUUGAACGUCUGGCACGUUCAUAUUUGAGACGACCCGCCACUGUCUAUAUUGGCUCUGUUGGCAAGCCAACUGAGCGUACAGAACAAAUCGUUUACAUGAUGGGCGAAAAUGAUAAACGCAAGAAACUUAUUGAGAUCCUUAAGAGAGGAAUCGAUCCACCGGUUAUUAUAUUCGUCAACCAAAAGAAAGGCGCCGAUGUUUUGGCUAAAGGUCUUGAGAAAUUGGGCUACAAUUCUUGUACUCUACACGGUGGUAAGGGACAAGAACAGCGUGAAUAUGCCCUAGCAUCUCUAAAGUCGGGAUCUAAAGACAUAUUGGUGGCUACUGAUGUGGCAGGCAGAGGUAUUGAUAUUAAGGAUGUAUCAUUGGUUAUUAAUUAUGAUAUGGCCAAAACUAUUGAGGAUUACACACAUCGUAUUGGUCGUACAGGCAGAGCUGGCAAAAAUGGUGUUGCCAUUUCGUUUGUCACUAAAGAUGAUAGUGCUCUAUUUUACGAUUUGAAGCAGGUGGUGAUGGCUAGUCCGGUUUCAGUAUGUCCACCUGAGCUAAUGAAUCACCCUGAUGCCCAGCAUAAGCCAGGAACAGUGGUUACUAAAAAGAGGAGAGAAGAAAAAAUUUUUGCAUAAUUUUUUUUUGUAUAUUUUUAACGGUAACAAAUAAAAUACAAUGCGUUCAAAUCAAACACAUAA